AUGGAGCUGUUUUCUCUCGUCGGAAAGACUGCCCUAGUAACGGGAGGAACUCGUGGUAUUGGCCAAGCCAUAGCCAUCGGACUUGCUGAAGCUGGGGCAGAUAUUGUUCUUGUCCAGCGGAAUACGGAGGAAAGCGCCACAAAGGAGAGCAUCGACGCUCUGGGCAGCAAAUGCCACAUUGUUGUAGCAGAUCUGAGCGACCGAGGCAGCGUGCAUGGUCUCAUUGCCUCUGUGACUGAGACGCAUCGAAUUGACAUCCUCAUAAACAACGCUGGAAUUAUGCGGAGGUUCCCCGCAACCGAGAUAUCACAGGAGGUGCUCGACGAGGUCAUGGAGGUUAACUUCAACGGCCCCUUUAUUCUGUGCCGCGACAUGGGCAGAUACUGGAUCGAUAACAAGAUCGACGGCCGGCUCAUCAACAUCGCCAGUCUCUCCACAUUCCAAGGCGGCGUGAGAAUGGCUGCAUAUUCGGCCAGCAAAGGCGCCGUCGGCCAGCUCACAAAGGCCCUGAGCAACGAAUGGGCGCAGCACAAGAUUCGCGUCAACGCAAUUGCGCCGGGAUACAUCGCCACAGACAUGAACACAGACACGCGCAACAACCAAGAUCAGACGUAUUAUCAGUCUAUCCUAACACGCAUCCCCAUGGGACACUGGGGGAAGCCCGAGGAUUUCAAAGGACCGGCCGUGUUCCUGGCUUCCGAUGCCAGCUCCUACGUCUCCGGGGAAACUAUUGUGGUGGAUGGCGGGUGGAUGGCGCGCUGA